AUGGGUAAGGGAAGAGGCAGCGCAAGCAGCUCAAGUGUUACUACAAUUCUACUAUUAUGUAUGUUUCUGUUUCAUCCUAAUAUGAUUCAUGCAGAAACAUACAUUGUUGGUGAUGGCCAAGGCUGGACUUUUGGUGUUCAAAACUGGCCUUCAGGAAAAAGUUUCAAUGGAGGUGACAUACUUGUAUUCAAUUACAUCCCUUUGAUACACAAUGUGGUGAAAGUGAACGAGUUUGGCUAUAAUUCAUGUGUGGCUCUUGGAGGAUCUGAGUUGCAUGUAUCUGGAUCAGAUAGAAUUACACUUGCUAAAGGAGCCAACUAUUAUAUAUGUGCUGUUCCUGGUCAUUGUAACCGAGGACAGAAAAUUGCAGUCAAUGCUAAUUAA